UAAGUGCUUUAUAUAUAUAUUUAGGGAAAUGUAUUUGGUAGGUGCUAAAGAAAAUCCUGUAUACAGUGAAAUCAAAGAAACUACGAAAAAGAAAACCACUGAUAGCCUUCAAGCCAAUAGUAUAUACCCUUAAUAGAACAGACUAUAUUAACGACUAGUAAUGAGUGCUUUGUUUAAUUUUCAAUCAUUAUUGCAAGUUAUCUUAUUAUUGAUAUGUACUUGUACUUAUGUUCAUGCUACUGCUCCUGCUAUAUUAGAUAAUAGAAAAUCUGGUUUAUUAAGUGUAUUUUGGAAAUGUGCUAGAGUUGGUGAAAGAUUAAGUCCAUAUGUUGCUAUUGGAUGUUUUAUUGUGGCUAUCAAUACUUUGAGUUCUUAGAAUAUUUAUUUUCAAUAACAUUCUGUAUUGAGGCGUGUUUUCAUAAAAUUGGGAUUUAAUCGGUUGUACAUUAGAGAUUUAGAUUUAAUAGUGUAGUAUAGUAUCUUACUGAAAUACAUGAAAUAUUUACUAU